AUGGCCAAUUUUUUCAAGCGGCAGUUUACUACUUACCAGUACCCAGUCAAAGAGAUCAACCAGAAAAUUUUGUGGAUCGACACAAAUACAAACACUAACCUUGGCGCCAUGACCAAGGCUUCCGUCAGCUCCGUUCUCCAUUGUCCUCCGCCGCCAUACCCGAAAUCUGUUGGAUUAGCCCCUCUCACCACCAAAGAAGAGCCGCCGAUGCACUCCCAUUUUUCGGAUGAAACGCUGAAAUAUGCGACGAUCCGUCGCUCGUACUCCGUUCGCUACCGAAACGCCUCACGCUUCUAUUGA